AUGAUAGAAAACCAAAAAGUAAAAGACAAGCAAGAACAAACAUUUGAAACUUCUGGUGAAAACAACACUCAAACAAAGGAAGAAGAAACACCUGCUGACAAGAAUAUCGAGAAGAAAGAGGAGAAGAAGGAAUUGCCCAAGCCUUAUCAAUCGCCAAUACCUUUUCCUCAGAGAUUUCAGAAAGCUAAACUGGAUAGGCAGUUUGGGAAGUUUCUUGAAGUUUUGUAUAAACUCUACAUUAACAUUCCUUUCACUAAAGCUCUAUCUCAGAUGCCAUCUUAUGCUAAAUUUUUGAAGGAUAUUUUAUCCAAUAAAAGGAAGCUUGAUGACUAUGAGACUGUAGCUCUCACUGAAGAGUGCAACAUGUCCAUUGACAAAGCCCUUUGUGAUUUGGGAGUAAGUGUUAGUCUUAUGCCACUCUCCAUCUGUCAAAAGUUGAACGUUGGAGAAUUGAAGCCAACUACUAUCUCCUUGCAACUAGCAGAUAGAAUUGUUAAAUAUCUCAUUGGAAUACUAGAGAACAUUCCAAUCAAGGUAGGUAAAAUUUUCAUAUCUAUCGAUUUUGUUAUCCUAGAGAUGGAAGAAGAUGUUUUGAUUCUCAUAAUCUUGGGAAAACCUUUCUUAGCAACUGCCAGAGCCAUUAUAGAUGUCCAAAAUGGGCGAUUAGCUCUCAAAGUGGGAGAAGGUGCAAUAGGGCUUAACUUUUUCUAA